GGGCUUCUGCAAUGGAUUCCUUUAUUCGGAGAAGUGUUUACAAUAUGUGAAAGUAUUACAGAAAGUAUAUUGGCUUCAGAUUCAUUAUACCUUAAGUGUACCUUAGAAUAGGGCUAGAUCACCAGUGAGCAAAUGAACUAAAUGAUGGACUUGCCAAUUUCACUUUCUUCUGGGAUUAAAGUUUUAUUACUUCGAUUAUACUGUGUAUCAACUGUUAUUUAACUCUGUAAAUUACGGACGUUAAUCUUCUUCCAUAUUUGUCCACGUGACAUUAGAUUAUAUAUAAGUGAGGGAUUAAUGAGACCAUUCUAUUUUUUAACAGUUAGAGGAAUGGGACACGUAGCGACACUUACGACGUGGCUGUGUUUUGUGAUUAUGUGAUGCAUAUCUUGGAAAUUGUACCUAUUGUAGUGUGGUAGCAAAAAAUUGCUGAUUAUGCAUUUCGUGGCGAGAAAUACAGCCGGCGAAGCUCCGGGGCUGCGACCCCCUAGCCAUCUCCUUAGUCCUAAUGUGUAUGGGCACCGAUACCGAUCGAACUCUAACGACUCCAAGCACAGCUGGAUCAAGUUCAAGCUCGCCGGAUCCGGAUCCCAGAUCAUCCCCACUAGUGAUAAUGAGGGUACUGAUGACGAAGUGGACUUUGACGAAAACCAGGAUCUCACGCAAGAGUUUGUCAAAAGCAAGGAAUUGACGAAAGACCACGACUGUUUAAAGGAGGGCUGCAAUCGUGUAGUCCUCAAUGUAAGUGGUAUGCGGUUCGAAACCCAAAUGCGGACUCUUAAUCGCCUCCCACACACUCUUCUUGGAGACAAAGAGAAGCGAGACAAGUUUUGGGAUCCGCGUACACAUGAAUACUUUUUUGAUCGCCAUCGACCUAGUUUUCCUGCCAUUUUGUAUUUUUAUCAAAGCGGUGGCAGAUUAGAAAAACCAAUCGAAGUGCCAAGUGAUAUUUUUCUCAAUGAACUUCAGUUCUUUGAACUAGGUAAGAAUGUGAUUAACUCUUACAAAAAGAAAGAGGGAUUCAUCGUGGAAGCCGAGGAAACCUUCGACAUGCCCAAAGGAGUUUUUCAAAGGCGAAUGUGGGAAUUAUUCGAAUACCCAGAAUCUUCAUUACCAGCCCGUAUUUUAGCGGGGUUUUCAGUAUUACUAAUUGUGGCUUCCGUCACCACUUUUUGUGUAGAAACUCUCCCAGUGUUCGAUGGGACGCAAUGCGUCAACACGACACAUUUUUCCGACAACGGUACGGUUCAAAUGAUGCCAAAUUUUGGACAUCCACUUUUCAUCAUCGAGUCCAUUUGUAUUGCAUGGUUUGUGAUGGAACUGAUCUGUAGAUUUAUAUUUUGUCCCUCCAAAUUGGCGUUUCUGAAAAAUAUUAUUAAUUGGAUUGACCUGGCUUCCAUAGCCCCGUAUUUUCUAUUUAUGAUUGUUUUCUUCGUCACUUGGAAAUGUGAUCAAUCCAACCAAGGGGGUAUUCUUUCCGUCCUUCGAGUGUUUCGCGUUGUUCGCAUAUUUAAAUUAAGUAAACAUUCGGAAGGCCUCAAAAUUCUAGGAAAGACGCUACAGACCAGUAUGAGAGAACUUAGCAUGUUUGCGUUGUUUAUAGCGAUAGGUAUCGUGAUUUUCGGCGGUGCUAUAUAUUAUGCCGAAUUACAGGAACCACAAUCCUUUUUCACCAGUAUUCCAGAUGCAUUUUGGUGGGCAGUUGUUUCCAUGACGACUGUGGGAUACGGGGACGUUUAUCCCAGGGGAGUUAUAGGAAAACUAGUCGGAAGUCUUACAGUGUUAUGUGGAUUAUUAGCCAUCGCGCUUCCGGUUCCGGUAAUAGUAACAAAUUUUAAUAACUUCUAUAGAAAUUCGAUUCAUAAACACAAGUCGUAAUAACAACAGAUUCGGCGGGAAAUUAUUCCGUAUAUUAUAUAUACAUGUAUGAUCGAUCAAGUAUAUCGAGACUUGCUGAUUCAUGAGAUGUACGGAAGUAUCAUAAUAUUAUGUACAAUUUUGCAGUUGGGCUUAACCCAAGAACUGUAAAGACUCUUCAACAAAUCUGUGAUAUAUGCGUUUGAAACCAGUCCAUUUUCUUCCAAGUCUUUCUAAUUUUACCACGAUACACGGUGCAUAACGUUGUUUGUUUUGAACCCACAAUGUUAACAUCACAUUUUUGAUGUGUAAAAAUAUAGCAUUACAAUUAAAUUUAAUC